AUGGGAAAUGUCUUUGCAAACCUCUUUAAAAAUCUAUUCGGCAAAAAAGAAAUGCGUAUUUUGAUGGUUGGCCUGGACGCAGCUGGUAAAACAACAAUCUUGUACAAAUUGAAACUAGGCGAAAUUGUCACAACAAUCCCAACCAUUGGCUUCAAUGUCGAAACUGUUGAAUAUAAAAAUAUCAGUUUUACAGUAUGGGAUGUCGGCGGUCAAGAUAAAAUUCGACCAUUGUGGAGACAUUAUUUUCAAAAUACUCAAGGCUUAAUUUUUGUUGUCGAUAGUAAUGAUCGAGAACGUGUUGGCGAAGCUCGUGAUGAACUCCAACGUAUGUUAGCUGAGGAUGAACUACGGGAAGCUGUUCUUUUGAUAUUCGCUAACAAACAGGAUUUACCCAAUGCAAUGAAUGCCGCGGAGAUAACCGAUAGAUUAGGUCUUCAUUCAUUACGAAACCGUAAUUGGUACAUUCAAGCAACAUGUGCCACCAGUGGUGAUGGUCUUUACGAAGGUCUUGAUUGGCUUUCAAAUCAACUUAAAAACGCGAAAUGA